UUGGGAGAAGAGGAAAAAAAGUUUUGAGACUUUUCCGCUGCCGCUGGGAGCCGGAGACGCGGGGACCGCUUGGCGCGGCGCUGCCCCGCGAGGAGGCAAGACCUGGAGACUCCAGACCGCCCCCCGCUCACGGCCCCGGACGCUCGCUCCCUCCCUGUCCCCUACACAGAGUYCCCCCGGCGCCCCCAUACCGGACCAGCUCUCAGGAGCCGCAAACCCCGCCUCCCGCGAAGACUUCACCCCAGACCUGGGGCGCACCCCCCUGCACGCCGCCCUUACCCAGCCUGUCUCCCGAGCCACCGCGCAUCCUAGGACCCUCUCUCCCCCCGGGGACGGAUCUCUCUCAGACCUGCCACAGCUCUCCCAUUCAAGACCACCCACCUUCUGGUACCAGAUCUCGCCCAUCUCGAUCUUCUCCCUGGGAUAUUGAGACAACCMGUGUCAGAGCCUCCCCGAGACCUGUGCUUCUUUCUUCCGGAGGCCUUCAAUUUCCUUCCCCCGAGGCCCUUCUACCUUUCUCCGGGAGACCCCCAGACCCUACAGGGGCGGGGCCCCCCUAUCCCACCUCUGCCCUGUUCGCGCUCUCGGCAGGGCCGGGGGGCGCCGCCUCCCCCAUGCCGCCCUCCGGGCUGCGGCUCCUGCCGCUGCUGCUACCGCUGCUAUGGCUACUAGUGCUGACGCCCGGCCGGCCAGUCGCGGGACUAUCCACCUGCAAGACCAUCGAUAUGGAGCUGGUGAAGCGGAAGCGCAUCGAGGCCAUCCGUGGCCAGAUUCUGUCCAAGCUACGGCUCGCCAGCCCCCCGAGCCAGGGGGAGGUGCCGCCCGGCCCGCUGCCCGAGGCCGUGCUCGCCUUGUACAACAGCACCCGCGACCGGGUGGCGGGGGAGAGCGCCGAGCCGGAGCCCGAGCCCGAGGCGGACUACUACGCCAAGGAGGUCACCCGCGUGCUAAUGGUGGAAAGCACCAACAAAAUCUAUGAGAAAACCAAGGACAUCUCACACAGCGUGUACAUGUUCUUCAACACAUCAGAGCUCCGGGAAGCAGUGCCGGACCCUCUAUUGCUGUCCCGGGCAGAGCUACGUCUGCAGAGGCUCAAGGUAAAAGCCGAACAGCACGUGGAGCUGUACCAGAAAUACAGAAACAAUUCCUGGCGCUACCUCAGCAACCGACUGCUGACCCCCAGUAACACGCAGGAGUGGUUGUCCUUUGACGUCACUGGAGUCGUGCGGCAGUGGCUGAGCCAAGGAGAGGAGAUAGAGGGCUUUCGUUUCAGCGCCCACUGCUCCUGUGACAGUAAAGAUAACGUGCUCCAAGUGGACAUAAACGGGAUCGGUCCCAGACGCCGGGGUGACCUGGCUGCCAUUCAUGACAUGAACCGGCCCUUCCUGCUCCUCAUGGCCACGCCACUGGAGAGGGCCCAGCACCUGCAUAGCUCCCGGCACCGCCGAGCCCUGGACACCAACUACUGCUUCAGCUCCACAGAGAAGAACUGCUGCGUGCGGCAGCUAUACAUUGACUUCCGCAAGGAUCUGGGUUGGAAAUGGAUCCAUGAGCCCAAGGGCUACCAUGCGAACUUCUGCCUGGGACCGUGCCCUUACAUUUGGAGCCUGGACACGCAGUACAGCAAGGUCCUGGCUCUGUACAACCAGCACAACCCAGGCGCAUCGGCGUCGCCGUGCUGCGUGCCGCAGGCUCUGGAGCCUCUGCCCAUCGUGUACUACGUGGGCCGCAAGCCCAAGGUGGAGCAGCUGUCCAACAUGAUCGUGCGCUCCUGCAAGUGCAGCUGAGGCCCGGCCCCGCCCCGCCCCGCCCCGCCCCGCCCCGGCAGGCCCGGUCCCGCCCCCGCCCCGCCCGCCGCGCCCGGGCUGUAUUUAAGGAUUUCUGCACCCCAAGCCCACCUGGGGGGCUCAUUAAAGGUGAGAGAGGAC